UUCGUGCGUGUCUCAAUCGCAAUGUAGUUUCAAACACAAUCUUUCAAAGUUUGACUGGGAAAUUGAGGUGAGGAUGCAAACAGUGCCGCUGCCGUUUGGAAAAAGGAAGAGAAAAAAAAUACGUUAUAAAAAUAUAUCAACCUGGGAUUUGUUCCGAGACAAAUGGUCUUCGUUCAAGAUUAACAUUGAAUAAUAAUGGUGGAGAUAAUUGAGUAAAAUCUAUCAAUUUCAACGAUUAAAAGGAUAAUGUAUUCAAUCAAUUUAGAUUUUUGUCGCUUGGAUUAGUUCUGCAGCCUUCUCAGUCAUGCAGUUAGAAUUCCGAACAUUGAUGUUUGGAAUUGUAACACUGCUGGUUAUAUUUCUGAUAAUUGCUGAUAUUGCUGAAGUCCAGGAAGAAAUUGGGAAUAUUGGAGGUUCCAGAACAUUGUACUUGCACAGCCUCAUCCCCAAGCUCAACAGAAAUGUAGCAGUGAAAGCCAAUCCCACACCUUUAGGGAAUGAAGGGGAGGAAAAGAGUCCUGCUUCUCCUUCAGGCUUGAAGAAUGCCACCAGGCUCCCUUCAGAUAACUGGACCUUCAACAGAACCCUCUCCAGCCUCAUCAGGAAGAACAUCCUGGGGUUCUUUGACCCAGAGAGGGACAUCUCUAUUCUGAAGGGCACAUUGAAACCUGGAGAUGUCAUCCACUACGUCUUUGACCGUCAGAGCACUACCAACAUCUCAGAGAACCUGUACCAGUUGCUACCCACCGCAUCCCCCAUGAAGAACCAGCACCACAGAAGCUGUGCCAUCGUAGGGAACUCUGGGAUCCUACUCAAUAGCAGCUGUGGGCCAGAGAUAGACUCUCAUGACUUUGUAAUCAGAUGUAACCUGGCGCCAGUGGAAGAGUAUGCUGGGGAUGUGGGGCGGCGCACCAACCUGGUGACCAUGAACCCAUCGGUGGUGCAGCGGGCCUUCCAUGACCUGGCCAGUGAGCAGUGGAGGGAGCGCUUCCUGCAGCGGCUCCGGGGCCUCAGCGGCAGCGUGCUGUGGAUCCCAGCCUUCAUGGCCAAGGGAGGAGAGGAGAGGGUGGAGUGGGCAAUCCGUCUCAUCCUGCUGCACACGGUGGAUGUGCACACCGCCUUCCCCUCACUGCGCCUUCUCCAUGCUGUCAGAGGGUAUUGGCUGACUAACAAUGUCCAGAUCAAGAGACCCACUACUGGUCUGCUGAUGUAUACCAUGGCCACUCGCUUCUGUGAGGAGAUCCAUCUGUAUGGCUUCUGGCCUUUCCCUCAGGAUUCACAGGGGAAACCAGUCAAGUACCAUUACUAUGACACUCUGACCUACAAGUACACAUCCCAUGCCAGUCCACACACUAUGCCAUUGGAGUUCAGGACACUGAGUUCACUCCACAGACAGGGGGCGCUGCGACUCAACACUGGCUCUUGUGAUGCAGGAAUGUAAUCUAAAAAAGCAGCAUGGAAUGUACACUGAGUAUAUCAAACAUUUCGAUCACCUUCCUAAUAUUGAGUCGCCCCCCCACACACACACUUCUGCCCUCAGAACUGCCUAAAUUCGUCCGGACAUGGACUCUACAAGGUGUCAAAAGCGUUCCACAGGGAUACUGGCCCAUGUUGACUCCAAUGUUUCCUACAAAGUUGGCUGGAUGUCCUUUGGGUGGUGGACCAUUCUUGAUACACAAG